CCCCCGGGGAGGUGGCGGGCCCAAGAGGAGGGCUUGCAGCUUGGCAAAGGGCCAGGCAAGUUCUGCCCUUCUCAGCUUUCCUCCCUCUGUUCCUGGCUCUGCCCUGUGGGGUCACCUCCAUAAGGAAGGCCUUCUCCAAUGCUCCAGAGUCUCGGCCUUGCCCCUCUUCUGUCUGCAUUGGGUUAUCCUCUCUUAGAAUGCCUGAAGGACAAUUACUUUGCCAACAAGCUACACCAGAGAGAGAAGAGGGGCCUGAUCCUGGGCAGUGGGACAGAGUCUCAGACAACUACAGGCCCUGGAGCUGCAGUGUCCUUGGCCACAGAGGAGAAAAAGGACCCGCCUUCCACCCUGAACAAAGGCUGGUGCUCAACAUGGGGUGGGGGACACUUCUCCACCUUCGACAAACAUCUCUACGACUUUUCUGGGACAUGCAACUACAUCUUAGCUGCUGUCUGCAAUGACGCCUCCCCCGACUUUGACAUCCAGCUGCGGAGGGGCCACGACAAGAAAAUCACCAGGAUCAUCAUUGAAGUGGGGCCCUCUGUCAUCACUGUGGAGAACUCAGUCAUCUCCACUAAGGAUGCGGGGGUGGUCAGCCUGCCCUACACCAGCAAUGGAAUCCAGAUUAUGCCCUUUGGGCAGAAUUUGCGGCUGGUGGCAAAACUCCUAGAGAUGGAGCUGGUGGUGAUGUGGAAUGAUGAUGAUUAUCUCAUGGUCAUGGUUGAGGCAAAAUACAUGAAAAAGACCUGCGGAUUGUGUGGGAAUUUUGACAGUGAAGAAAGUAAUGAGUUUCAGAGCAAAGAUGGCAAGUUUCUGGAACCAUAUGAAUAUGCAGCCCUGCAGAAACUAGAUGAUCCCACAGAGAUCUGUACCUACGAGGAGCUGCCCACGGCCACCAGGAAGCCCAGCAAUCAUACCCAGCUCUGUCUCCAGCUGCUGACCCAGGUGGGCCCCAACUGCAAUGUGUCCAAGGACGCCUUUGCUAUCCGCUGCCAGCUGGACCUGGAGGCCUGUCAGGAGCCGGCCCAGACCAACUGCAGCUGUCCUACGCUGUCUGAGUACUCUCGGCAAUGCUCCAUGAGUGGCCAGCAGGUCACCGAAUGGAGGAGGCCAAACUUCUGCUCGCUAGGGGAGUGUCCUGACAACCAGGUCUACAAGGAAUGUGGGAUGCCCUGCAUAAAGACAUGCUCCAACCCAGCACACAGCUGCCCCAGCUUCUGCACCUUUGGCUGCUUCUGCCCUGAAGGCAUGGUGCUCGAUGACAUCUCCAAGAACCAAAGCUGUGUCCCCAUUGAGCAGUGUCCUUGCAUGUUUAACCGAGCCAUCUACGCCCCUGGAGAAGUUAUGAAAACCUCCUGCAGGACCUGUCAGUGCACCUCUGGCCAGUGGGUCUGCACGGAGCUGCCAUGUCCAGGCCGAUGCUCCCUAGAGGGAGGGUCUUUCAUCACCACUUUUGACUCCCGGCCAUACCGCUUCCACGGGACCUGCACCUACAUCCUAGUCAAGAGCACGAGCCUGCCCAACAAUGGCACCCUCAUGGCUGUGUACGACAAAUCCGGCUACUCUCACUCAGAAACUUCGCUCACAGCUGUUAUCUACUCAUCUGCCAAGGACAAAAUCGUGAUUUCUCAAGAUGAGCUUCUCACAGAUGAUGGGGACAUCAAGUGGCUGCCAUACCAAAGAGGUGACAUCACAAUCUUCAGGCAGACCUCCACCCACCUCCAGAUGUCCACCACCUUUGGGCUGGAGCUGGUGGUACAGCUGCGGCCCGUGUUCCAGGUUUACGUGAAAGUCGGCCUCCAGUUUAAGGGCAACACCCAAGGACUUUGUGGAAACUACAACGGAGACACAACGGAUGAUUUCCUGAGCAGCAUGAAUAUCAUUGAGGGCACAGCCUCCCUCUUUGUAGACUCCUGGAGGUCAGGAAACUGCCCCAGUGCCUUGGAGCGGGAGACAGACCCCUGCUCCAUGAGCCAGCUAAACAAGAUGUGUGCAGAGACCCACUGCUCCAUGCUGGUGAAGAAAGGGACAGUGUUUGAGGCUUGUCAUGCAGUGGUCAACCCAACCCCCUUUUACAAGAGAUGUGUCUACCAGGCCUGCAACUAUGAGGAGACCUUCCCCUACAUCUGCUCAGCCCUGGGCUCCUACGCCCGCAUGUGCGCCUACAUGGGGCUCAUCCUGACCGACUGGAGAAGUGCUGUGGACAACUGCACCAUCUCCUGCACUGGGAACCAGACCUUCAGUUAUGAUAGCCAGGCCUGUGACCGCACCUGCCUGUCCCUUGCUGACCACAGCCUCGAAUGCCACCCCAGUGACAUCCCGGUGGAUGGCUGUAACUGCCCAGAAGGCACCUACCUGGACCACAGAAGUGAAUGUGUGCGCCAGUCCCAAUGCCCCUGUUUCCUGGAAGACCAGAAGUUCAUUCUGGCUGACCAGUCCACCAUGAUCAGUGGAAUUCCCUGCUACUGCAUUAACGGAAGGCUCAGCUGUACAGGCAAACCUCAAAAUCUCUCAGAGUCCUGUAAGGCCCCCAAGAAGUACCUGUCCUGUUCUCAGGCUUCAGAUAGUAAAUAUGGUGCUGCUUGUGCUCCCACCUGCCAGAUGUUAGCCACUGGGAUUGAUUGUGUGCCCACCAAAUGUGAGUCCGGCUGUGUCUGUGCUGGGGGACUCUAUGAAAACCUGGAUGGGGACUGCGUGUCACCUGACGACUGCCCCUGCGAGUUUGGGGGCCUUUCUUACCAAGGAGGAGCCCAAAUUCAAACCGAAUGCAAGACGUGCACCUGCGUGCGAGGAAAAUGGGAAUGUUUGAAGAAAGACGAGUGCUCCUCCACUUGCGCCCUCUAUGGGGAGGGCCACCUGACCACCUUCGAUGGGCAGCGUUUUGUGUUUGAUGGCAACUGCGAAUACGUCCUGACCACGGAUGGUUGUAGUGCCAACAACUCUCAUCCCACCUUCAAGAUUGUGACAGAGAAUGUCAUCUGCGGGAACUCAGGGGUCACCUGCUCUCGGGCCAUCAAACUCUUUCUUGGGGAACUUUCCCUUGUGCUGUCAGAUGGCACGUACACCACCAGGGGGCAGAACCCCCAGGUACACGUCCAGGUGAAAAAGAAUGCUCUGCACCUGAUGUUCGACGUCACCAUCCCCGGCAAGUUCAACCUGACUCUCAUAUGGAACAAACGCAUGAGCACCUUCAUCAAGGUGAUCCGGAACUCUCAGGAUGCCCUGUGUGGCUUGUGCGGGAAUUAUAAUGGCAACAUGAAGGACGACUUUGAGGCUCGCAGCAAAUACGUGGCCUCCAGCGAGCUGGAGUUUGUGAACUCCUGGAAGGAGAAUCCCCUGUGCGGCGACAUCAGCUUCGUGGUGGAGCCUUGCCUCCAGAAUCCCUACCGGAAGGCGUGGGCUGAGAAGAAGUGCGCCAUCAUCAACAGCAACACGUUCUCUGCCUGUCACAGCAAGGUAUACCGGAUGCCAUACUAUGACGCCUGUGUGCGUGAUACCUGUGGCUGUGACUCCGGAGGGGACUGCGAGUGCACGUGUGAUGCCGUGGCAGCUUAUGCCAAGGCAUGCUUGGAUAUGGGCAUCUGUGUCGACUGGAGGGCUCCAGACUUCUGCCCUCUCUACUGUGACUUUUACAAUACCCACAAACUCAUCGAUGGAGAUGGCAGCUACCAGUACACGCAGGAAACCAAUUGUACCUGGCAUUACCAGCCCUGCCUCUGCCCAUUUCAGCCCCAGAGUAACAAAUACAUCAACAUUGAAGGCUGCUAUAAUUGUACACCGGACCAGUACUUUGACCAUGAGGAAGGGCGGUGUGUGCCUUGUUCUCAAAUACUUCCGACUCCAUCAACAGCCACAGCAGGCCCACACUCCAAAACCACGCCUGAGAGCACCAGGGGAACAGAAACCACCACUGUGUUCACCACCAAGCCUCUGUCAAGCUCCGUCCAGACACUCAGCGCAUCAUCAGGGUUGACCAAGCCAACUGGGACAGUGAGCUCCUCCUCCAGGCUGACCUCGGCUAGCCCAGUCACUUCUCCAGCAAGCCAAAGUGGCCCCCAGUCCUCUGGAAAGACCACCUCAGCAGUCCUCACCAGCACGCAGCCCAGGCUCACAGGUGGUAAACAGCAUUCUGCCCUAGGCACUCCUGGUACAUGGCAGAUCCCAACUUGUCCACCCACCCUGAACACCUCUACACUCAGCCUUUGAGGCUUGUCAACUUCACUGCCCAGGGCAGUGGGGGAAAUAAAGGAACUGGUAGCCCCCUCCCCAGCAGGCCAGAUAGCACUGUGCCACACGAAGUUUGCUGGAAUGGGGGUCUUAUAGCCCCUUCUUAGGGUGAACCCCCAGGCCCUGUCCCCCCACCCCUCUGUUCUGGGCCCUGGCUCUGGGCUCCUGAGAAGGUUAGACUACCCCUGAGGGCCCCCGCUUCCAGACAGAGCUGCAGGGGGGACCCAGUCAUUGCUCAGGGCCCUGACUUCAGGUCCGCUGCUCUGUGUCUGGCCUUAGUAGAGGGUACUAUAUGGGACCGUGGGCAGAGCACCAGACUUGGGAUCUCAAGAAUCCCAGGAAUGCCAGUAGGACUAAAAUCCCUCCUCAGACAGUAGGUAGCUAGCUGUGCAACUAUGGGUGAGGCAAUUCAUCUUACUCAGCCUCAGUUUCCUCAACUGUAAAAUGAGUAUAAAUUUUACACUACUUCUCUCUGCGGUGUAGUGAGGAGCACUUUGCACACCUCGAGGUGCUCUGAAAACACAUGGACUGUUUUGUUCUCGCUCUUAUUUCUUAUUCCAUCAGUGUAGGGAACUCCCGGCUGGAAAACUCCACCAACCAACAGCUCAGCACCUGCUCUGAAAGUGAGAGUGCUAGAGGGUUGUCUGGGCAUUGAAAGGGCAGGGGCAGGUCUUGCGCCCAGGUCUCUGCCCAGUGAGAUAACAUGUGUACAGCACUUUGUAGGCCAUAAGGCACUCGAGAAUGCUAGCAAGGAUUAUAAUGAACCACUCUCAGGUGAGCUAUCGUUAUUUUCGGAGGGCUGCUCCUCUCCCCCCUCCCCCACAUGCACCUGAGGAUAGUGCCGGGAGGGAUCCACUGCAGGUGCAGACUACUCUUUGGCCGGUUCUGGGCCUGACCAGCCAGACCUUCCCUCCCAGUCAUGCCAGUGCAGCGACCUCGAACCUCCUCACAGAAUCUCAGAAGGGCAUGGCUGGAAGGGACUUCGAAGACCCUUAGACCAAGCCUAACCUUAGACAAGAAUUCCCUCCACAGUAAUCAGAAGCAAAUACU